GUAUAGUGCAGGGUUCACCUAAUUACAUAGUAACCACAUAUCUUUUGGUAGGCAUUUAAUUAAUGAGCUCUCUCUCUCACACACACACACACACACAGCUCCUACACUGUAAAUUUAAAAUAAAAAAAAUUGGGAUUCAUACACGUAUUACAUAUAAUGCUCGCCAAAUAUACACCAUACCUUAUCAAAGUUUAGAAUUACUAAGAGUGACUACAGCAACUACUUUGUAAUUCCCAUCUCUUUUAUAAGCAUAACAGAUGACAGGAACGAACUGGGGAUACAUCUCCGAAAAGCUUCGGUGAAAACUACAUUAAUUUCCAACUUAACUCAGCAGGGACCUGAGAUCAUACUGAAAGCCGUGGUGUCGAUUCUACAGGGAGGAAGGCUGAACAGCUUUUGAAGAGAUGGAGACUUUGGUCUUUUUAUUUUCAUUUUCGGCCCUUGGCAUUCUUUACGCCAUGAACACCAUUCCUGAGCUUCAAGAGCCGUAUGUGAUCCUGGAGAUCGGCGUUGCUGUGCUGGUGUUAGUGUUUCUGUUCUACUUCCUCAUCACCCGUGGCAACCCACCUAAAGACGUCUUAUUCUUCGUUUUUGCAGAAUUUUCCUUCACUUGUGUCAUUGACCUCACGAGCGCCCUGGAGUAUGAUGGCAUUAUUUCCGGCUUUAUGGAGUUCUACCAAAAGACGGGAGAGCCCUAUCUGGGGACAGCCUAUGCCAUCAUGAUGUGUUACUGGGAUGGAAUAGCCCACUUCAUCAUGUACCUGGUGAUGAUCAGCAGGAUAACAGACAGGAAAGCCUACCGUAGCCUGGGCUUGUUCUGGGCUGGCUCUUUGUGUGCCAACAUGAGCGUGUUCAUUGCCGGGAUAGUGGCAGGUAAAUAUGGAUCAGAGAUCCGUCCGGCCUUCUGGCUCAACUUCCUCUUCCUUUUGAUGCCUGUGUGGGGAGCUGUCACAUUAUUCACAAAGCCCAAGGACAGGCCACUGAUUGGUGGAUACAAUGCCCAGCAUGCCCAGAGCAUGAAGCUGAUCUGGCGCCCCUUGGAUCUGAUCCUGGUGCUGCUGUUGUUAGCUGCCAUGGCCUUCACCAUCCUCAGAGGCUUGGUGGCUCUGGACUCUCCACUGGAAGCCUGUUCGCUCUACCUGAAGCACUACGAGCCCUACCUGAAGGAUCCUGUGGGCUACCCCAGAGUCAUGAUGCUGCACUUGUUCUUCUAUGGAUUACCUCUGCUGGGUGCUUUUGUUUACGGGCUCCUCAAGCCCGGGUGCACGUGGAUGUCAGACUGGACCUUGUUCUUCGCCGGAGCCGUGAUCCAGUGUCAGUGGGCACACAUCGGAGGCUCCCUCCACUCUCGCACCACAGCUCCGUUCCGAAUCCCAAACGAAGCGUUCUGGUGUGUGCUGACAGCUAACCUGCUCUACGCUGCCACCCCGGUCCUGGUGGCCCUGCGGGUUCAAAGUAACCCCUAUUUCUUCCUGAAGAUCAACCCCUUUCCUGGGCAGACAGGUCUGCCGAACAGCGAGGAGAAAGACACCAAGUACAAAGACAAAUAGUAACCACAUCUUGUGUGACCUUUGUAGUUAAUUGCUUAUCUGUUGAUUCAUGACGAGGUGUUUUAUUUCAAAUGCCAUAUUUCAAAAUGCCACAAUACAAGAUUUUGC